AAUUCCAAAACGUCGAUUCCUCCGAAGAAGCAAUCAAGAUCAUGUUUUCGUCUGAUACUAUGCCUUCCACCGCCACGGUUCUGUCGGCGACGGCCUCGCUCGCUGCAACAGCCGUCCUACUCCGGAGUAUCGCCGCCGACCUCAUCCCCGGCGAAGUCCACGACUACUUCUCGUCGUCUCUCAGAAAAAUCUCCCGCCGCCUGUCCUCCCAACUCACCGUCGUCAUCGAGGAGUCCGACGGCCUUUCCUCCAACCAGAUGUUCGAAGCAGCCAACGUUUACUUGGGCACCAAGUUGUCCCCUUCCACGUACAGAAUCAAAGUCAACAAGCUCGACAAGGACGACGAGCUCGCCGUCACAGUCGACAGAGACCAGCAGAUCGUCGACUGCUUCAACAGCGUAAAGCUCACUUGGAUUUCAGAGUCUACUUUCGUCAAACAAUUGGCGGACAAAGCUGAUCGCCGCCGAACGAACGCCAAGACGGAGCUGAAAUACUUCGAGUUGAGCUUCCACAAGAGGCACAAAGACAUGGUGUUGAAAUCCUAUUUGCCGCAUGUAAUACAGAGAGCAAAGGCGAUCAAGGAAGAGAGAAAGGCGGUGAGGCUACACACCGUGGAUUACAACGGCACCGACUACUGGAGCUCGGUGGCUCUGAAUCAUCCGGCGACGUUUGAUACCAUGGCGAUGGCGGAAUCAGAAAAGGAGGAGCUCAUAGAGGAUUUGAAUCGGUUCGUCGGCCAGCGAGAAUAUUAUCGGAGGGUUGGGAAGGCUUGGAAGCGGGGGUACUUAUUCUAUGGUCCGCCUGGGACGGGGAAGUCGAGCUUGGUUGCGUCCAUGGCCAACUACCUCAAGUUCGACGUGUAUGAUCUGGAUUUGAGGGAAGUACAGUGCAAUUCGGAUUUGAGACGGCUGUUAAUUGGUUCGGCCAACCGAUCCAUCCUUGUGAUUGAGGACAUUGAUUGUAACGUUGGGUUGCAGAGGCGAGAUUCGGAUACCUGCCUAGUUGAAGACGACAAGGUAAAGCUUGAUAAUAUAAUUCAUAGGUUUGAUAGAAUAAACGGCUGAUUAUGUCCUAUCUAGUGGUCAAGCUGUGGAGACGAACGGGUAGUAGUGUUCACGACCAACCACAAGGACCGCCUGGACCCGGCGCUGCUGCGGCCGGGCCGCAUGGACCUCCACAUCCACAUGUCUUACUGCACCUUCGACGGGUUCAAGACACUCGCAUUCAAUUAUCUCAAGGUAAAAGAGCACCCACUGUUUGGAGACAUAGAGGAGUUGCUAAUGAAGGUUCAAGCCACACCCGCAGAGAUUGCAGGGCAGCUGAUGAGGAAUGACAGUGCCGAGAUGGCACUCCAAAUGGUCAUCAAGUUCCUCCAGGACAAGGAAACCAGCAGAGUAGGGGAAGCUUGAGGUAAUACCAGAUAGAUUUGGGUAGGAACCUUAUUUAUCAUUGUGAACGAAGGAUAAAUUUUCAAGUUGAGAUAUCUAUAAUUAUCAUUGUGAAUUGAGAGACCUUAUAGGGCCUACCCAUGCAGAGCCCUCGGACAUCCCCUUUUUUGCCCCCUCAGAACGGAACCUAAUAGGUAGAGAGUUAAAGGCACUCGAAAAGCACCUUGCAUCUGCAAACAAUGCGCAAGCAUGGCCUCUGCAAUCUAAGUUGUCUCAUAGAACUAGGUCAAAGGUAGAAUCCGGACU